CGGAGCGAGCUGGGGCGGACGGAGCGGGCGCUGCGGCGGCGCGCGGGCGGACGGCGGGGGGCACGCGGGAGGAUGGAGCAAGUGGAGAUCCUGCGGAGGUUCAUCCAGAGGGUACAGGCCAUGAAGAGUCCGGACCACAAUGGGGAGGACAACUUCGCCCGGGACUUCAUGCGAUUAAGAAGAUUGUCAACCAAAUAUAGAACAGAAAAGAUUUACCCCACAGCCACUGGAGAAAAAGAAGAGAAUGUUAAAAAGAACAGAUAUAAGGACAUACUGCCAUUUGACCACAGCCGAGUUAAGUUGACUUUGAAGACUCCAUCUCAAGAUUCAGACUAUAUCAAUGCAAAUUUUAUUAAGGGCGUCUAUGGGCCAAAAGCGUAUGUGGCGACCCAAGGCCCUUUAGCGAACACUGUCAUAGACUUUUGGAGGAUGAUAUGGGAGUACAAUGUCGUGAUCAUCGUAAUGGCCUGUCGAGAAUUUGAGAUGGGAAGGAAAAAGUGUGAGCGCUACUGGCCUUUGUAUGGAGAAGAUCCUAUAACAUUUGCACCAUUUAGAAUUUCUUGUGAAAACGAGCAAGCAAGAACAGACUACUUCAUUCGAACACUUUUACUUGAGUUUCAAAAUGAAUCUCGUCGGCUCUAUCAGUUUCAUUAUGUGAACUGGCCAGACCAUGAUGUUCCUUCAUCGUUUGAUUCUAUUCUGGACAUGAUAAGCUUAAUGAGGAAAUACCAAGAACAUGAAGAUGUGCCUAUUUGUAUUCAUUGCAGUGCAGGCUGUGGAAGAACAGGUGCUAUCUGUGCCAUAGAUUAUACAUGGAACUUGCUCAAAGCUGGGAAAAUUCCAGAGGAAUUUAACGUAUUUAAUUUAAUACAAGAAAUGCGAACACAAAGGCACUCUGCAGUACAAACAAAGGAGCAAUAUGAGCUUGUCCAUAGAGCUAUUGCACAACUGUUUGAAAAACAGCUACAACUGUAUGAAAUUCAUGGAGCACAGAAAAUCGCUGAUAGUAAUGAAAUUACCACUGGAAAUAUGGUCAGCUCCGUCGAUAGUGAAAAACAAGAUUCUCCUCCUCCAAAGCCACCAAGGACUCGGAGCUGCCUUGUGGAAGGGGACGCCAAGGAAGAGAUACUGCAGCCUCCGGAGCCUCACCCGGUGCCGCCCGUCCUGACCCCUUCUCCCCCUUCAGCCUUUCCAACCGUUACCACUGUGUGGCAGGACAAUGACAGGUACCACCCAAAGCCAGUGCUACACGUGGUCUCAUCAGAGCAACACUCGACAGACCUCAACAGAAAUUAUAACAAGUCAUCAGACGCUGCAGGGAGAAAUGAGUCCACUGUUGAACACAUAGACAAGAAACUAGAGCGAAAUUUAAGUUUUGAGAUUAAGAAAGUCCCUCUCCAAGAGGGACCCAAAAGUUUUGAUGGGAACGCACUCUUGAAUAGAGCACAUGCAAUUAAGAUUAAAUCUGCUCCGAUGUCUGUGACCGACAAGACCUCCAGGCCACAGGAGUUAAAUUCGGGUGAUGUAAAAGUUGACGAUGUUCCUCAGAAUUCUUGUGUGGACUGCAGUGCGGUACCUUUAGACAGAGCCCCCGAUUCUUCAGAACAAUCUCCAGACUCACUCACACUGCCACGGCCAGACCGCUUGCCUCUUGAUAAGAAAGGACAUGUAACAUGGUCAUUUCAUGGACCUGAAAAUGCCAGCCCUGUGUCUGACUCAUCUGAAGGGAAAUCACCAGAUAACCAUUCUCAGCCUGUAAAAACUGCGAGUUCAACAGCAAGCUCUACUCCAGAAGUCGGGGCCCGAGAGCUUGUGGAUCCCCAAGACAGCUCCCCUAUGUUGGGAGCACCGCUCAGCUUUACCAACCCUCUUCACUCUGAUGACUCAGACUCAGAUGAAAGGGACUUGGAUGGUGCUGUGACCAAGAGCAAAACUAGCAUUUCAACGGCAAGUGCCACCGUUUCUGCUGCCAGGAGUGCCGAAAGCGCUUCCACUAGGAAGGUGUUGACGAUGUCCAUUGCUCGGCAGGAUUUGACAGGUGCUGAAAAAGAUGUUGAUGUUAGUGAAGAGUCACCUCCUCCCCUACCUGAACGAACUCCUGAAUCUUUCGUAUUAGCAAGUGAGCACAGUACGCCUGUGAGACCUGAAUGGAGUGAAUUUCCAUGUCAGGAGUGGUCUGGACAAGGAGAGUCUGAAGGCUUGAUAACCUCUGGAAGUGAAAAAUAUGAUGCAGGGGGUGUCCACACAGAGGCCUGCACAGACUGUCCACCUACAUUCAGUGACAAGAAAAGUCAAGUGACAGAAAGUCUAACAGAAGCCACGGAUAUUGGUUUUGGCAAUCGCUGUGGAAAACCUAAAGGACCAAGAGAUCCACCUUCAGAAUGGACAUGAUUCAGGGAGUUAAAAGACACUUUAAAUUAUACUGGACAAUUCAAGUGCCACUGAAAGCCAGAUUUAUAGGACUCCGUCUUUAAAAUGUGGGACUAACAGCAGUGUAGAUUGUUACCUUAAUAAUUUUGCUGGGACCAUCUACCUGCCUUAUACUACACUUAGGAAAAAGUAUUACAUAUUGUUUAUUUUGUAACUUCAAGUAUUAUUGCCUUAAUGUCUCUUAACCCUGUUACAAGCUGCUUGUAGACCUGUUAAUAUAGUAAUACUUUUAUGAUAAAUUGAGUUAAAGGACUACUCUUUUGCCAUUUUAUCAUGUAUGCAUUAUUUUGUAUAUGUACAGGGCAAGUAGGUAUAUAAUUUGAUAAAGUUGAAGUUAUAAAAUAUUAUUAACAAGAUGUAAGAAUUUCUGCAUGGUCUAAGUCUUUGUGUACCUUAUUUGUAAAUUAUUUGCCCUGAAGUUUUAGAAACCAGUUUCUGAAUUUUAAAACUGCUGGGCUCAGGCACCCAGCACUGCAGGUUAUCAGAGAUCAAAGAUUGUAACAAUAAUGCAUUUUGUAAAUUGUAAGCGAGAAGUUAUUUUUAUAUUAUUACUGUCUAAUUGUUCGUCUUGAUGGUUCUUGUUUUCAUCUAGUCACAGAGAUUCAGUAAGUGCCUUGGAACAAUAUUGAAUUCUCUUAGCUUGUAUGUGUUACUUUAAAAUUUGAACUCAACUGGGAUUAGAAGACUAUCAGAAUAUAUGUAUGUUUCACAGUAUUUGACCUGUUAUUAAAAAAAAGUUUUACAGUGCUA